AUGGAUCUUACAGAAUCUCCCGGAGAUAAGAUACAUCGCUAUGAUAAUAAAGAACAUAACGAGACAGAAUUAUCCUCGUACAUUGAUGAUAAGGAAUCUCAGCUGAUACCAGUGAAAUCCUAUACAAUGAUUAACAAGAAUCACGUAGAGAUCACCAUCAUUUCUUGGGGUGCUACGAUCGUCUCGUUAAAAUAUCCCGAUAAGUUCGGACGUAUUGCAGAUGUUGUGCUUGGUUUCGACGAUUUAAAGAGCUAUACGAAUCCCAGGAUUAAUCCAUUCAUAGGAUGCGUAUUGGGUAGGUGCGCGAAUCGUAUAAAAAACGGCUGUAUUGUUAUUAAGGGCAAAACUUACCAGCUCACAAGAAACGACCUUGACAAACAUCAUCUACACGGAGGUACGAAGGGCUUCGGUCAACGAUUAUGGGAUUCGUAUAUCGACGAUUGCUCAGUCGUCAUGACUUACUUAAGCGAAGAUGGUGAAGAGGGAUAUCCUGGUGCACUGUUGAGCACGGUGAGAUUCAAGUUGACACCAGAUAAUAGACUGGAAAUAGGUAUCCGGGCGACCACGACCGAUUUUACGAUAGUCAACAUCUCACAUGGUUCUUUGUUCAACCUUGCCGGACAUGACACCGGUAAAAAGGAAUUGAUAAAGCAUAAAAUCUCAUUGAACUGCGAUCGCUGGACCUUCGCAGAUUAUACUGAUCCAAUACCAACCGGCAGUAUCAGAGGAGUCGGAGGAACCAUCAUGGAUCUACGUAUACCGAAGUUUUUGGAGAAUUGUAUCGAGAAGGUUCCUCCAGGAGAAGGGUACGAUCAUAACUUCUGCGUCACGCCAAAUUGGCACGGAGGUAGCACGUACGUCGCUCGAGCUAUCCAUCCAGAAAGUGGUCGCGUUCUAGAAAUUUAUUCCGAUCAACCUGGUGUACAGUUUUAUACAGGUGGUCGUUUAUUAACAGACGCUGCUUCUGAGAUUGACAGUAACAUUGUUGUUAAACAAAGUAACAACUUGAAUCGUGAAGAAGAUAAGGAAAAAACAUUAACGAUCGAUCAAAUGGAACAAGACGCGAUAGCCGAAUCACCGUCGUUUCUCUUAGGCAAGCAAAGUGCUCGCUAUGUAAAACAUUGUGCUUUCAGCAUUCAACCGCAAAAUUAUCCAAAUGCCGUUAAUUAUUCACACUUUCCUUGUUCCAUACUACAACCCGGAGAAAUCUAUUGUCAUGACUUAAUUUACAAAUUUGGCAUUCAAUUGGCCAAUUAUAUGUGAUGUUUUUAAAUUACCUUAAAGGUCCAAAUGAAUCAUUGACUGUCACUGAACGUUGGAUCCAUUGUGGUAAUACUUUAACUUUAUGACGAUAACGUUUAUCUAAUAAUACAACUGUUGAAUAAUCAUUGAUAUGACGAACAGAUCGGCCGAUACAUUGAUUUACCGCUUUCAUGCAGGAGUUUUCGUAAAAAUUACUUCCAGCAUCUGAUUUCUGAACAGAGAUUGAAAAAUAAAAUGAGAAACAUUAAAACAUCAUGCUAAAUUAUAGUGACAAAUUCUUGAUUUUAUGUAAAGUAAUACAAACCACAUGUUCAUUUAAAUACUUCAUCUUCUCUUGCAAUUCUGGUGAUUUGAUAUUAGAAUAUGGCAAACCAACAACUAUAAUACAUCGACCCAAAUCGUCAGAAAAAUUUAAAC